AUGCUUGAUUGUAGGAAGAGCAGUUACUUUGAUGACAGCCCCGCAGCCGUCAUCUUUCAACCGGAUCUACCUUGUUCCUUGUUUGCUCAUAUUCAUACUGCUUAUUCAUUCAGAAAAGGAAUGGAUUUGGACCAGUGGAUAACAAAGGUGAAAGAUGGCCAGCACUUGUCCGAGGACGAGCUCCAGCUUCUCUGCGAAUAUGUAAAAGAGAUUUUAAUUGAGGAGUCAAAUGUCCAGCCUGUCAACAGCCCUGUCACAGUUUGUGGCGAUAUCCAUGGACAAUUUCAUGAUCUGAUGAAACUUUUUCAGACUGGCGGUCAUGUCCCAGAAACAAAUUACAUAUUUAUGGGAGAUUUCGUUGAUCGCGGUUAUAAUAGUUUAGAAGUUUUCACUAUCCUUUUGCUUCUCAAAGCAAGAUACCCUGCUAACAUCACUCUCCUACGUGGAAAUCAUGAAAGCAGGCAAUUAACUCAGGUUUAUGGAUUUUAUGAUGAAUGCCAAAGAAAGUACGGGAACGCGAAUGCUUGGCGAUAUUGCACCGAUGUUUUUGACUACUUAACUCUGUCAGCAAUUAUUGAUGGCACGGUACUAUGUGUGCAUGGUGGCCUAUCCCCAGAUAUUAGAACCAUUGACCAGAUUCGAGUUAUUGAAAGGAACUGCGAGAUCCCCCAUGAAGGCCCCUUCUGUGACUUGAUGUGGAGUGAUCCUGAAGAGAUUGAGACAUGGGCUGUUAGUCCUCGAGGAGCAGGCUGGCUUUUCGGUUCCAGGGUUACCUCUGAGUUCAACCAUAUUAACAAACUUGAUCUAGUUUGUCGGGCACACCAGCUUGUUCAAGAAGGUCUGAAGUACAUGUUUCAAGAUAAAGGACUUGUUACUGUAUGGUCUGCACCAAACUAUUGUUAUCGAUGUGGAAAUGUGGCAUCCAUAUUAAGCUUCAAUGAGAAUAUGGAGAGAGAGGUGAAGUUUUUCACGGAGACUGAAGAAAACAACCAGAUGCGUGGACCGAGAACUGGAGUUCCGUAUUUUCUCUGA